CGUGGCAACGCCAACCACGAAAAAAAGACUCUCAUAUAUUCUUCCCGACUCCUCGCAGAGUCUCUCUCAUCUUCACCACUUCCUCUCUCUCAUUCGCAAUACGCCUGCAACCAUGAGUAAGGGACCUGGACUCUUCUCUGACAUCGGCAAAAAGGCGAAAGAUCUCUUGUCGAAGGAUUACGGCUCCGAUCAGAAAUUCACCGUUUCCACUUACAGCGAUUCCGGCUUGGCCCUUACAUCAACAGCACUGAGCAAAGGAGCACUUUCAAGUGGGGAUGUUGCAGCACAAUACAAGUAUAAGACCUCUGUAUUCGAUGUCAAAGUUGAUUCAGAAUCUAGGAUCUCAACAACCCUCACUUUCACAGACCUACUUCCAUCUACAAAGACCAUUGCUUCGUUCAAGUUGCCUGAUUAUAACUCUGGGAAGUUGGAGGUUCAGUACUUCCAUGACCAUGCAACUUUCACUACAGCUGUUGGUUUGAACCAGUCUCCUGUUAUUGAUGUGACAGCCACCAUUGGUACUCCAGGCAUUGCCUUUGGUGGAGAGGCAGGUUAUGAUACUCCUUCUGGUGCUUUCACAAAGUACACUGCUGGCAUUAGUGUAACAAAACCAGAUUGGAGCUUUUCAAUUAUCUUGGGUGACAAGGGGGACACAAUUAGAUCCUCUUAUGUUCAUCAUCUGGAUCAGUUGAAAAAGACUGCUGCUGUUGGUGAACUCGCUAGAAGGUUUUCCACUAACGAGAACACUUUUACUGUCGGAGGCUCAUAUGUCGUUGAUCCCCUGACAGUGGUGAAAGCUAAGCUCAAUAACAAUGGGAAACUUGGGGCCGUGCUGCAGCAUGAGGUUAUACCCAAGUCAAUUGUGACCAUCUCUGGUGAAUUUGACACCAAGGCCUUGGACAAAAAUCCCAGGUUCGGCUUGGCUCUGGCCCUUAAGCCCUGAUAGUUCCAUGUUAUGUGGUGAUGCAUUGAAUGAAUUCACUGCAUAUUUCAUUUUUUUCCCCCGCGGUUGCACUUGGAAAUUUGAAAUACAGUGUCAAUAAGUAGUUCCACAGGUAUAUUUGUUUCUAGGUACAUGAUUACUGUGGAUGAAGUCUUUUGAUAAUUAGGUUUUACAAUGGUUUUCUAUUCCAUUGUCAUUUGUCCUCUCCUAUUGGAUUUUGAGGCAUUCAAGAACUUGCACCAUAAACUUUCCAUAUGUGGAGGAGUUCUAUGAUUUUUGAUUGAUUGGCAUUUGUUGAGAGCCUUA